CCUUCUCUCUCUCGUUCACCACCAAAGGCAGACACCUCAUCGCUUUAAGAGAAGGGGGACACCUCCCAAUCCCAUAUACAUAGAUAAAUUAAAAAGCCUGUUCUUUCUCUCCCUUAAUUCAUUCAGUCGCUCUUCUUCUUUUCCUCUGUCAUCACACAAUUUCUCUUUGGAUUAUCAUCUAUUCCCAAUUGUUCAUCAAUUUUCUCACUCUAUUUGACAGACAAACAGAGCAUCUCUGUGUCGGAUACCCACCUGGAUUUGCUUUCUAAUUUUGAUCGAAAUUUUGCUGAUUUUGGUUGAGAAAACUUGGGAUUUUAUGCGGUUGUUGAUAGAUGCAGAUGGGUCUUGAGGAAUCACGGGUCUUUCUGAUACGUUCGAGAGUUGAAGUUUGCUGAUCAGUCCAUAAUUCAAGUAGUUUCAAAUCUCCCACAUUGCCAAGUUUGGGCACUGCAAACUCUUGGCAGUGCCCAUGGAUGCCACAACGGGUGGAACUCCGGCUAUACAAUACCAUACUAACAUCCCUGACCAGCCAAUUGCUGCCAUUGUUGUUGCUGCUCCUGUAUCAACAUUUCAACGUUCUCAACGCCAUUGUUUUGGGGACUCUCACCCCGGUGAAUUUCCUUUGGCUGCCAACCCUUCAAUAGUCCUUCAUGUCCUCACCGCGUGUAAUUUGGACCCUCAAGAUCUUGCAAAACUUGAGGCAACAUGUUCCUUCUUCAGGCAGCCUGCCAAUUUCUCCCCCGACUUUGAAUUGUCUAUCUCAGAGCUUGCUGCAUUCGACAUGUGCCAAAAGAGAGCCAUAUUUAAGCCAAUGACAGCCGAAGAGCGUCAGGACUUGAAACAAAAAUGCGGGGGUUCAUGGAAAUUGGUUCUUAGAUUUUUGCUGGCUGGAGAAGCAUGUUGCAGGAGGGAGAAGUCCCAGGCCAUAGCUGGGCCUGGUCACAGUAUUGCUGUGACUUCAAUGGGAGCAGUUUACUCCUUUGGCUCUAAUAGCUCUGGACAACUUGGGCACGGAAACACUGAAGAAGGAACCACUGAAGAAGAAUGGCGGCCCCGACAAAUUAGAUCCCUGCAAGGUAUUCGUAUCAUCCAAGCAGCUGCGGGGGCUGGUCGGACAAUGCUGAUUAGCGAUGCAGGACAGGUCUAUUCUUUUGGAAAGGAAUCGUUUGGGGAAGGUGAAUAUGGUGUUCAAGGAAGUAGACUUGUUACAACCCCACAGUUGGUUGAGUCUUUGAAAAACAUAUUUGUAGUGCAAGCUGCAAUUGGGAAUUUCUUUACCGCUGUGUUGUCAAGAGAAGGCAGGGUUUACACAUUUUCCUGGGGAAGUGAUGGAAAACUUGGUCAUCAAACUGAUCAGAAUGAUGCAGAACCCCAUCCUUUGUUGGGGGCACUAGAAAACAUUCCUGUGGUUCAAAUUGCUGCCGGAUACUGCUAUCUUCUUUGUCUGGCCUGUCAACCUAGUGGAAUGUCAGUAUACUCCGUUGGGUGUGGCUUGGGUGGGAAGCUUGGGCAUGGGGCGAGAACUGAUGAAAAGUAUCCGCGACUAGUUGAACAGUUUCAGUUGUUGAACCUUCAGCCGGCAGUUGUUGCUGCUGGUGCUUGGCAUGCUGCUGUGGUGGGUCGAGAUGGACGGGUUUGCACUUGGGGUUGGGGUCGAUACGGAUGCUUGGGCCAUGGGAAUGAAGAAUGUGAAUCGGUUCCCAAGGUGGUGGAAGCAUUGAGCAAUGUCAAAGCUGUUCAUGUUGCCACAGGAGACUACACUACGUUUGUGGUGUCUGAAGAUGGUGAUGUGUACUCGUUUGGGUGUGGCGAAUCUGCUAGUCUUGGGCAUAACGCCGCUGCUCCUGCUGAUGGACAGGGAAAUAGGCAUGCAAAUGUAUUGGGUCCAGAGCUAGUAACCUCACUGAAGGAGCUGAACGAACGGGUUGUGCAAAUCAGCCUCACCAAUUCCAUAUACUGGAAUGCCCACACAUUUGCACUCACUGAAUCCGGAAAGCUUUAUGCAUUUGGGGCAGGAGACAAAGGGCAGCUGGGCGUAGAACUUGUUGACAACCAGACUGAAAGGGGGAAUCCAGAACGGGUCGAUAUCAAUCUUAGUUAACCCCCAUUUAUCAUCAUUAAUCCAUGCCCGCCCUUCUAAUUUAAAUCAUCAUCAUCACCGUCAGUCUGCAUUUGGUGUUUAUAUUUCCUGAUCUGCCUUGUACAUAGCAAACAAACAAAGAACUGUGAAGAUUUUUAAGUUAGGAAGUUGAUGGCCUAGCAGCAGAAGCGCUGCAUGAUGAAUGCCCAGAAAUUGGGAUAUUAUAGUGCUGGUAAGGCCUGAAGUUGUAUAGUUCAGUUCCUGCAUUAAUUGGUUUAAGCUGCAUUGAUAACUAAUGUUAAUUUAAAUUCAUUCUGUCAA